AUGACAGACGCCGCGUCCAUCCGAAGCACUUCGACCAUGUCGAGUCUCAAAGCGCUGCUGCCCAGCACUAGCAAGAAUUCAAAGUCAAACUCGGAGAAAAAGGAGAAAUCUCGACCCAAGGCCGAGACUGUUGAACAGAGGGCUGUCAAGUGGGAAGCCAGGGGUGUCUAUAUGUCGCUGAGGUGA